AUGUCAUUAAGAGUAUUAAACCCUAAUGCGGAGGUUCUCAACAAAUCUGCGGCUGUUCACAUGAACAUCAAUGCCGCUAAAGGUUUACAAGAUGUCCUCAAAUCCAAUCUCGGCCCCAAAGGCACCAUCAAGAUGCUUGUUGGUGGUGCUGGAGAUAUAAAGCUGACUAAAGAUGGAAACACUCUUUUGAAAGAAAUGCAAAUUCAAAACCCAACUGCAAUUAUGAUUGCAAGGACAGCUGUUGCCCAAGAUGAUAUAAGUGGAGAUGGUACGACAUCUACUGUGAUCUUUAUUGGAGAGCUUAUGAAGCAAUCUGAACGGUACAUUGGCGAAGGGAUGCAUCCACGUGUCUUGGUUGAUGGUUUUGAGAUUGCCAAAAGAGCUACUCUCCAAUUUCUUGAAAAAUUUAAGACUCCAGUGGUGAUGGGCGAUGAACCUGACAGGGAAAUUCUAAAAAUGGUUGCUAGAACAACACUAAGGACAAAGUUGUAUGAAGCUUUGGCAGAUCAAUUAACUGACAUAGUCGUCAACUCGGUGCUUUGUAUUCGAAAGCCUGAGGAAGGCAUCGAUCUAUUUAUGGUGGAGAUUAUGCACAUGCGUCAUAAAUUUGAUGUUGACACACGACUUGUUGAAGGUCUUGUUCUUGACCAUGGUUCUAGGCAUCCUGAUAUGAAACGACGGGCAGAGAACUGUUUUAUCUUGACAUGCAAUGUGUCUUUGGAAUAUGAUAAAAGUGAAAUAAAUGCAGGAUUUUUCUACUCAAAUGCAGAACAGAGGGAGGCAAUGGUUGCAGCUGAAAGGCGUCAGGUUGAUGAAAGAGUUAAAAAGAUUAUUGAACUAAAAGAUAAGGUUUGUUCUGGCACUGACAACAAUUUUGUGGUUAUUAAUCAAAAGGGAAUUGAUCCUCCAUCAUUGGAUCUUCUUGCACGAGCAGGGAUAAUUGCUCUUCGAAGAGCAAAGAGGAGAAAUAUGGAACGCCUGGUUUUGGCAUGUGGAGGAGAGGCUGUGAAUUCUGUCGAUGAUUUAACUCCUGAUUGCCUUGGUUGGGCUGGACUGGUCUAUGAGCACGCCCUUGGUGAAGAGAAGUAUACAUUUGUUGAGAAUGUAAAAAACCCCCAUUCAUGCACUAUCUUAAUAAAAGGACCUAAUGACCAUACAAUUGCCCAAAUAAAGGAUGCUGUCCGUGAUGGCUUGAGAGCAGUCAAAAAUACCAUUGAAGAUGAGGCUGUUAUACUUGGAGCAGGAGCUUUUGAAUUUGCAGCCAGAAAAUACCUGAUCAAUGAAGUAAAGAAAACAGUUAAAGGGCGUGCUCAGCUAGGUGUUGAAGGUUUUGCUGAUGCCCUUCUUGUGGUGCCCAAAACACUGGCUGAGAAUUCUGGGUUAGACACUCAAGAUGAGAUUGUUUCACUCAUGGGAGAGCAUGACAGGGAUAACAUUGUAGGAAUAAAUCUCCAAACAGGAGGGCCCCUUGAUCCUCAAAUGGAGGGUAUCUUCGACAACUACUCUGUCAAGCGCCAACUCAUUAAUUCAGGGCCUGUGAUCGCAUCCCAAUUACUACUGGUGGAUGAAGUGAUUCGGGCUGGGCGUAACAUGAGGAAGCCAAAUUAG